GCAGUCAGAGACUUCCCCUGCUACUUGCCCGGAAAGAACAUUAGGAAUGCCUUUCAGUGCCUUGCUUCCUGAACUAGCUCACAGUAGCCAGGGGGCCUGGGGCAAUCCGACCAUAUUUCACUCUCACCGCUGCGGGAAUCCAGAUGCAGGCCAAGUACAGCAGCACGAGGGACAUGCUGGAUGAUGAUGAGGACACCACCAUGAGCCUGUAUUCUCAAGUCUCUGCCACAACCCGGCGGCCGGAGCCCCGGUGCACAGGACACAGGGCUCCCUCUUCAGCAUGGCGACCAGUGGCCCUGAUCCUGCUGACUUUGUGCUUGGUGCUGCUGAUAGGACUGGCAGCCUUGGGGCUUUUGUUUUUUCAGUACUACCAGCUCUCCAAUACUCAUCAAGCCACCGUUUCUCAUAUGGAAGAAAGACUCAGAAAUAUCUCCCAACAGUUUCAGUCUCUUCAAGUCCAGAACACGAAGCUUGUAGAAAGCCUGCAGCAUGUGGCUGAAAAACUCUGUCGUGAGCUCUAUAACAAAGCUGGAGCACACAGGUGCAACCCUUGUCCAGAACAAUGGAAGUGGCAUGGAGACAAUUGCUACCAGUUUUAUAAAGACAGCAAAAAUUGGGAGGACUGUAAAUAUUUCUGCCUUAGUCAGAACUCUACCAUGCUGAAGAUAGACACAAAAGAAGAGCUGGAGUUUGCCAUGUCUCAGAGCUACUCUGAGUUUUUCUACUUUUAUUGGAUAGGGCUAUUCCGCCCUGGUGGUGGCAAGGUCUGGCUGUGGAUGGAUGGAACCCCUUACACUUCUGAACUGUUCCAUGUUAUGAUAGAUGUCACCAGCCCAAGAAGCAGAGACUGUGUGGCCAUCCUUAAUAGGAUGAUCUUCUCAAAGGACUGCCAAGAACUGAAGCGGUGUGUGUGUGAGAGGAGGGCAGCGAGGGUGAAGCCAGAGAGCCUCCGUUUCCUCCCUGAAACAUCAGGUGAAGGUGACUGACUCCCUCGCCGCAACUACAGACAGCAGAGUGAGCCAGCCAGUGCCAAUGCAAGGGCUCCUUGAGACGUGGGGAAAUGGAACAGAAUCAGGCAGGACUAUUUCUCUGACUAGUACUAGUUGGGCUCUCGUGUUUCCUGCUCAGGAUCACCAGCAUUUCCGAGCUUGGGUCUGUGCCCAUAUUUUAACAGUCACAAGAAGUCUUAUGUACAUACCACCAACAAUCGCAGAAACCCAUAAUGUCAUCUACCUUCUUGGCUUAGAGAUAACUUUGAGCUUGCUUUCUUCUCAACAUCGAAUAUCACCUCGUUUCCACGUCUUCCUUAUACUUAGAGGAGUGAGAAACUUUUUGAAGUAGAGGAAAUACACGGAAGUAACAUCCUUUUUCCCGACAGUCAAGUUGUCCAUGAGAAAUUAGCAGUCACUCCCCAGAUUGUACCACCAAAUACACAAGAAAUUCUUCAUGUUUGUUUCAGUUCAUGCUAGUCCCUUCUUAAUCUCUCAGUAAAGACCCCAUCUGCUUUCUCUAUGGCCUGGUUCGGAACAGGAGUCUCUUGUUAUGAGAAUGUCAGUGUCUUAUAAACAUUCCUCCCUGUGUUCAUUAAGACCCUGACAAUUGUCUAUCUUCCAUAUGAAUUUCUCCGAGGAAAGAAAUUUAUCCCCUUAUUUCCAUACCAGGAUUACUGUCCGCAAUAUUCCCUUCAAAGAGAUUAAAGACUAGAAAAAAGUCAGUCUCUUCAUCUGCACCUGUAAUACUUUGAUUUCAGUUCCUCUUUUCUUCCGUUGACCCGUAUUUAUACCUUUGAGGUACUGAAGAUUUAAUAAUAAUAAAUGUAAAUACUGUGAAGUGUGUGUGAUUUCACAAUGGACUUAAUGAUUUGUGGGAAAAUUCAGCAUGAAAAUGCUUUUCAAAAUAUGAUAGCAAUCAUUAUUUUGAUUGGACGCCUUACUGAGAGUUUUUGAGGACUCUACAAGAGUAUUGAUUACGUGAUUAUUUGGGGAAAUAAGCCAUCUUCGAAAUGCAUGUUGUCUUCAAGAGAACAGUUUUAACACUUUCCUAAAAUGAAAUCUUUUGAGGAGGGCUUAUGGCAUUAACACAUGGUUGAUGAGUAAGCUGAGCUGCAUUAGUGCACGUGAUUUCCAAUCAGGUCAUGGGACAUGAACAGAGACAGUGACAUCUUUGUAGCUACUCCUUUGUGAGGCAUUUCUUUUUUGAGAUGACUCCAUGCACAAACGCAACAGGGAUCAUUGUGAGAGACACCAUUGCAACCACCAAGUUUACUGGUUUAUUUAUAAAUCAAUUUUGGGGGUUUAAUGCUAGAAAAGAUAGCAUUAUAGAUCUUUGUUUUUCAACAGUGGAAAUUGAAGUACUUCAGUUGUGUUUUUCAUAAACAUCUAUCUCAUGGUAAAAUGACAGACAGGAGCAAUCAUAUGAUAGAAAGGACACGCUGGUGCUCAUUUUCAUAAACUUCCUUUUGUAUGAUUGUCACUUAGCAAAGACUAUUGCAAAUUCUUCCUUGAACACUUUCCUUUCAAUUUUCUGUUGAUUUCCUUAAAAUUUUCUUUAGUGUUGAGCACGUUCUGUUGAUACAUUAUGUCAUGCAAAGAAAACUGUAUUUUUGGUCAGAAAGUGAAGAUUUUAGAGUUCUUAUUCUGAUUUACUUAUUAGGCAAGUCACUUUACUUCAUGAAGUCUAUUUCACUGCAUAUGAAGUAGAAACAGUUAUAACUUCCUCUUAAUGUUACUGUUAGCUGAAAUGAGGUAAAUGUGAAAUC